AUGUCGGAGUGCGUGGGGGGGUACAUGGUAACAGACCGCGACCAACCUUCAGAGGCCAGUGUUGCUGCGAAGCCAGUAACGGAGCCAUAUAGUAUUCCAUCAGCUUUGUUUCCAACAUCGGCUGGUCCGAAGAAGGAUGCCGCGGAUGUCCUGCCACCCACUGGCCCCACUCUGCAUGAAGCCAUCACCGAUUUAGGCAGAUUGCAGCUGGUCCUCGCAGUUCCAACCGUUAGCACGUUGAGAAACGCACGGCCCUUGCGGAGGCAUGAGAAUGAGCUCUAUGUCGCACAGUUCGUGCUGCAAUCCACCCAUGGGAAGUUUAACAGAUAUUUGUCAACACCGGAGGGUAAGUGUGAGUUGAAUCCCUGCCUGAAGCUGGGACCGGCAGAUGACGUGGAUGGAGCUGGCUUGGACGGCGAUGGUUCCUUUGGCUUCUUGGAUGAUCGAACCCCUGUGAUCUACCAAACGAAUGGGAUCGCCCGGACCGAAGAGGGGCUGUGCAGCAGACCCAUCAAAUGCCGUCGCACGGGGGCACCGGGGCAUUACAUGGAGACGCGAAUGCUGGUGGCACGUCGGCGGGACACCACUGGUUUGCCAUGCUCUGGUCUUGCACGUGCAAAAUCAAUGCGGUCGCGUGAGGAUAUCUGUGCGAACCUGUUCUAUUCUUUCGUAAGCACAUGGCAAAUUUAUGCCUGUUCCGCAAAUGUUGGAGAACUUGGGGACGACGAUUCUGGUGAACGCAUCCUGGUCCGUCGAUCGGUGCGACAUUUUGUGCAGCACCAUUUUCAUGACUUUCCAAUUGCAAAGCAUUUGGCCGACCUGCUGGAUCGUGAGAACCAAUUGCUGGUGAAGAAGCAUAGCUUCGGCAUGCCGAGUCACAUGGAGCGGACGAUGUAUGAGUAUGAUUACUAUACACUGCGUGCAUGGCAAACUUACGAGUGCGAGGGCAAACCUCCAGAAGAAGACCUAGGGCGUCGGCUUGUUGACGCUGCUAAAAACGGCCAAGUGUCUGAAGUACUUCAUCUGGUCAACAAUUGUGGAUGCCACCUAGACACAAUAGUUGCAGAGUUCGGUUGCAUUGGCAGUGGGAAGACGGGCAUUUUCACCCGCAACCCGUGCGGCUAUGCAGAGGAGCGCACGGCAUUGAUAGCUGCAGUGCAAGCAGGGUGGCAGUCGGUCGUGGAAGUGCUACUGGAGUUCGUAAAGGAUGGCAGGAGUAAUGUUAAUGUAGUUUGCCAUGAAUGGAAUCCCAAAGGCAUUGGCGGGGAAUGCUUGCGCCCUUGUUAUACUGCAUUGGACCAAGCCCGCCUGUAUCAUCGCGAAGUCCUGCAAUCUCUCUUAAGCGCAGCUGGGGCUCUACCCCACAAACGAUGCAAGCGAGUGCCUCGCACAAAUCCUUUCGAUGUUCGAGCUCACCAAGACAAGGGUGACCACCAGAGAACAUUCCCAGAUGAGAAGCCCACUGACCGUCAGGAGGAUUUUACCUUCUUCGAGUGGGCAGAAGAAGCACAGAUGGACGAAGAGAUGAAAAACAUCAUCACCGAGUUAAAAGUCGAAUUGCGAGAUUCCCACAAGCUGGAUGAGGCUGAACAGACCAAACUGUUUCGAAGAUUAUGUGCCCGAUGGCAUCCAGACAAGCACCCAGAUGACAAGAAGGUCCUGGCCACCAGAAUUUUCCAAUGGAUUCAGCAUGUAAAAGAUGAUGCUUGGGAAAAUCGCGCGUGGUCCGCCUGA